AUUAUAUUAUCUUGAGAAUCUAUGAAACUACCAAUACUACCAAACUAUAAAACAUUUAAUAUACUUAAGAAUUCUGCCAAUCCUGGUCUCUCAAAGGUGAAUGGCUACUCAAAGGACAUGACACAGCGAGUGUCUUCCAACGGGAAACCGGGGCCCCUAUUCCCCUCGAACCCCUCUAUUUGAAUUAUUUGAAUCCUGCUCUACUCGGCUUGGCUCUCUCUCCUGGACUUCUACAGCAUAGCAUAUACGAUAUACCACGAUUCCCCCCUUCCGUCCAGUCUUUCAAGCUCUUUCGACUCCGCUAUCUCUCGCAGCACUUGUAUCUCUUAAGCGCCAUCCGCCCAAUCUGCGACCCAACCCAGCAAGCACCACCACGAAUCGCCAAAAUCAACUGGCGGCUGCGACAACACCACAGCAAAUCGAUCCAGUGGAACAGCAACAGCCACUGACACCCUUCCUGAACCCGUCCAUUCCCCCUUUGUGCAACCUACCUCCUGCAUUCAUUCCGUGCCUAGACACCGACCUCCUCGCACCUCCGCACCUUCACGACGAACAAACCCGCACCGCCCGACCCGCACACGCAACCCAACCUCACCCCUCCCUCUCGCCAGGAAGAAAAAUAAUCUACAAAACCCAAACGCAAACCAAAGGCCACGGCCGUUGCAGAGAAUACUGCUGCUCCUAAACACACACACAAACCACCGCAUCGGCGCAUACACCCCACCCCACCCGCAACGAUGUCGGGCGAAGGCUUCGGCGUGCGCACGAUGAAGCGCAAGAACGUAAAGGGCCUGGCACUUAACGCACCCGCCCCCCGCGCCCCAGCGCCCUCGAACGACGACCACGCUGCUCUCGAUGAUGCGGCGAGCGGACGCACAGCGCAGCUCGAGAUCGGGAUCGAGUAUAAGCUUGAUUUGAAGAGGGAGGAUCUCGAGGUGCUGAAGGAGCUGGGGAGUGGGAAUGGGGGGACUGUUAGUAAGGUCCGGCAUAUUGCUACGGGGACGGUGAUGGCGAGGAAGGUCAUACAUGUCGAGGCGAAGAAGGAGAUCCGUCGCCGGAUCGUGCGGGAGCUGCAUAUCAUGCACGAGUGCAACUCGGACUACAUUGUGAACUUCUACGGCGCCUUCCUGAGCGAGAGCAACGAUGUCAUCAUGUGCAUGGAAUACAUGGACGUUGGCGCCCUCGACCGCGUCUCCCGCGACUUCGGCCCCAUCCGCGUCGACGUCCUCGGCAAGAUCGCCGAAGCCACCCUCGGCGGCCUAACCUACCUCUACAUCAAGCACCACAUCAUGCACCGCGACAUCAAGCCCUCCAACAUCCUCGUCAACUCCCGCGGCUUCAUCAAGCUCUGCGACUUCGGCGUCUCCGGCGAGCUCGUCAACUCCGUCGCCGACACCUUCGUCGGGACAUCGACAUACAUGGCUCCCGAGCGCAUCCAGGGCGAGAAGUACACUGUCAAGUCUGAUGUGUGGAGUUUCGGUCUGUCGAUUAUGGAGUUGGCUAUUGGCAAGUUUCCGUUCGAUGCUAGUGAGCACCUCUCGGAUGGCGAUUCUGCGCCGGCGGGGAUUUUGGAUCUGCUGCAGCAGAUUGUCCAUGAGCCUGCGCCGAGGCUGCCGAAGAGCGAGGCGUUCCCGCAGAUUUUGGAGGAUAUGAUUCAGAAAUGCAUGUCGAAGCGUCCUGAGGAGCGUCCUACGCCGCAGGAACUCUACGAACGCGAACCCUUCGUCCAAGCCGCAAAACGCACCCCAGUCGACCUCCGCGACUGGGCCGUCUCCUUAAUGGAAAAACACAACCGUCGCUCCCACCUCGCUCCCCAACUCUCCCCCGCAACACAGGAACUCCUGCGCUCCUCCGACGCUCCGUCCGCCACACCCCCUCCACAAACUUCCUCUUCCAUCACCUCGUCGUCCAUCCCAACGCCAGGCUCGACUAGUGGUGAAAUCCCAAUCACGACUGAUCCGAGGAUGGCAGCUAUUAGUCCGAGGGAAAUGGUGGUUAAUACCAUCAACGGUAUACGCUCCCCGACGAAACCACCACCGCCUGUUCCCUCGUCCACGACUCCUAGCGCUAGAACGCCGGGACUGCCAAUGCAGGGACAGCAGCAGCAGCAGCAGGGGUUUCAGGGGGAGCAGAGACAGCAGGGACAGGGGUUUGUGAGCAGGAAGGCGAUGAGUCCGGAGAUUGAGCAGGGGGGGUUUGGAGGGGGGAACAGUCAUGUGUUGCCGAUUAGGAAUGCGCCGCCGGGGGGGCCGUUGCCGGCGCCGCCGGUGCCGAGGAAGGAGGAGAGGGGUGGUGGUGGGGGGGGGAGGUUUUUUGGGGUUAAUGGGGGGGGUGGGUAUUAA